AUGGCUAAGGAUCUGACCACUACCAAAUUCGAGCCCAUCUACCCCGAGGGUCUGGCGCUCGCUAUGAUGAUAACGACCAUCGUCAUGACCAUCGUUUCCAGCAUUGUGGUCAGCUUGCGAUUUUACGCGCGCAUUAGUCGAAACGCGUUUUCUUUUGAAGAUUGGCUGAUGCUCGCUGGAUGGCUGCUCAAUCUUGCGCAUAACGCGGCUGUCAUUGUACUCGCAUUUACCGGAGUCGGAUCACCCGACGACAUUAUCACGAUCGGCAUGGCGCACAGAACCGGGCUAUGGACGGUAAUAUGGCAGUUUAUAUACGUCUUGGAUGGAGCCAUCAUCAAAUCGAGCAUCAUCUGGACGCUUAUGCGGCUGGCCAAGAAUCUGAACAUCGUCUACACGAAAAUCUUGUGGGUAUUGUUCAUCUUCAGCUGGAUUGUCUGGCAGAUAUCAUGGCCCGUUGCGAUCUUCCAGUGCAAGCCUGUGUCUGCAGCCUGGGGUCGGCCGGGAGACUGUACCUCCGGCCAAUCGGUCAUCUUGAACGUGUCGUAUUUUGUUUCAGUUUCCAACGUCUUCACCGAUAUAAGCACGGCUCUGCUACCGCUAUUCUUGCUUCGACACCUUCAGAUGCCCAAGAGGAUUAAAUUUAUAACCAUUGGCAUCCUGUCGCUAGGUGUCUUUGCGUCGGUGGCUACCAUUAUCCGCAUAACCUACACCUGGGCCUAUUCUGCGAAGCAUGGCAGAUAUUAUGAGAUUGGCAAAAUUGUCACCUUGACGGUGCUUGAGUGCGACUUGGGUAUCAUCGCCGGCUCUGCGCCUAUGUUGCGAAUUCUUCUCCGAAACAUUCUCCCAUCGUAUGGUUCGAGCCAAGAAACAGCUGCCAAAUCCCGGGAUAUUAACUUGGUGACCAUCGGCGGCGUGAACAGCCGGCGCACCCACAUGGCCGGUGCUCAGAGAUUGAAUGACUACCAGGAAAACCAGGCUGCGGACAAGGACAGCAAUGAGGAUAGCGACUCGACGCGAUGCAUAAUCCGCGUAACCCACGAGGUUGAACAAGACACCUCCUCUGUUCAAGACGGGCAAAUGAACCAGCAGUCUGUCGUCUUAAGCAGAAAAUAG